UAUAAUUUAAAUUAAACCAACGACUAGCCGACCCGAGCCAAAUGGAGAAGACAGAGAACGAGACCGAAAUAUUCCGAGAAAUCGAGGAAACGGGCUCGGGCCUGGAUGGUUCUCCUCCAAGCACGGAUCCGAUCGUGAACUCGAAGACCGUGAAGACGAAGGUGCCGGAAGUGGAGGUCCACCUGUUCCGGGGGGGCAAGGGUCCGAUCGACGUGUUCAAGGCGGGACUGGGUGGGUGGGAGCAGGACCAGCUCGAGGUCCGAGACAUCCUCGACAAAUACGGGUUCAAGUCGCUCUACGCGUUCAAUUCCGGGGCGGGGCGUGGCCUCGCGAUCCGGUUCAACCCGAGGAACGGACGGUCUGUGUUGACUUACAAGGACGGAGCCGUGGUUUACAUCGAUGGGGAGCCCAAGGAUUCCUUGAUCAAACCCGUAACCAAGAUCUUGUUUGGGGUAGCAGUUAUAACCAUUUUGCUGACAUUGAUUUUGAAGGAAACUCCAGCGUGGGUCGAGAAAUUUAACAUUUUUGGUGGGAGCUUCCCUCCAUGGAUCCUUGCUUGCGUGGUCAUCGUUUUCACUCGCAUGCGGAAAAGAACAAAGGACUUGUUGAAAAAGUAUGGUUGGUGAAAGAAAAAAACAAACAAACAAAAUUUUUCGUCUUUAGAGCUCACGAGUUUUUCAGUUCUCUAGCUCCAAGUUUUGUCUAAAUCAAAUUUUCUUCAUAAUCAUCCUUACAUUCACAUUCAGCAGUAGAACAUGUUGAAUGGUAUUUUCUUUCUGGUAGAUGAUUUUGGUGUUUUUCCACAAUAAAACUGUAAUGAAUUUGUGAAUUAUGUCAAUGCAAUUCAGGCUGUGGAAUGGUUUA